CUUUACCUUCGUCUCUCUCUCUCUCUCUCUCUCUCUAUCUCCGUUGCCCAUCUCAGGGUUUGAUUUCUUCGAUUGUAAAGACAAAUCAAACUUAUUCCAGCAUUCAUCGAAGGUGAGAGAUAUCAUUCAGACAAAGCUGUCCAUUGAAGGAGAAAGGAGUGUUGUUGAAGAAUUGAGAUUCAGUUGAACCCACAAUAGAUUAGCUUACAAUGUCGGAUAGAAUUAGUGACUUGCCCUGGGAUAUAUUAGACAAUAUCCUAGGGCACCUACCUAUUAAAGAUGCCGUAAGGACUAGCAUAUUGUCCAGAAAAUGGAGAUAUAAAUGGGUUGAUCUUUCCAAGGUUGUAGUUGAUAAUAGAUGUGGGGUGCCUUACUUCGAGGAUACAGAUAAUGAUUGGCUCAAUUGGGAUCAUCUUGCUAAAGUUGUAUAUAAAGUUUUGUUAGCUCAUCGUGGUCAGAUUGAUAAGUUCGUGCUUUCCACUCAAUGCGUUGUUCAUUCCUCCGACUUGGAUUGUUGGAUUGCUUUUCUAUGCAGAAAUGGUGUGAAGGAGCUAAUUCUUGAUUCCAAUCGAGGGAUCGAGUAUAAGCUGCCUUCUUGUUUAUUUUCUUGUCAGCAACUGAGUUGUUUGCGCCUCACCAAAUGCUCAUUCGUAACACCACUUGAACUCAAUGGCUUUAGCAAUCUUGUUAGCCUCCAGAUGGAAAGCUGUAUAGUCCAGAAAGAAGUACUAGAAAAUUUGAUUAGUAGCUGCCCAAUUCUUGAGACCUUAAAACUUUUCUGUUCCUGUGACUUUGACCAUCUUAAUAUCAGGGCACCAAAUCUUAAAUCCUUAUGUAUAUCAAGCAAUUUCAUGAGCAUCUACCUAGAAAAUUGUGUGCAUCUUACAGAGCUCUGCUUAUAUAUGUCCGGAAACUUCAACAUGCCUCUUGAUACAGUGCCGCUUCUUGGUUUUGUAUCUCAUUUGGAGAGGCUGGAUUUGUAUGGUCAUCUUCUCAAUGGUUUUCCGGUUGCAUGUGACAAUCUAAAGUUUCUUGAACUUAGCGAGAUCUAUUUUGGAGAUUUGGAUGCGAUCUCAGUUUUUCUUUCCCUUCUAGGAAGAAGCUCCUCAAAUUUGAAGGCAUUGUGCAUUUCAGCUAUUGGAGUAUUUCAGCAAGAUGUUUAUGAGUUGAUGACUGCACAAAACCAAUUAUCCUACUGCUUCAACCAACUACAAACUGUGAAAAUCUCUGUUCGUUGCCAUGAGGAAGAUGAUAUCCGAUGCUGGAAAUCUGAAUUGGAAUUGAUCAGGCUAGUGCUUGCACGUUCGCCUGUACUUGAGAAAAUGCUUGUUGAGUAUAAGGAUCAGGAGGAUUGUGACAGAUGGCUUAUGAGAGAGCUGCUCUCAUUCGAGCGAGCAUCAGCAAAACUACUCUUCCAAUAUUCAUCCAUUCCUCGACCUUUCUACCCUGAUGAAUGGUAAUGCGUAUUCUGCUAUAUAAUCCUAUAGAACGAUCAUAAGUCCGUUUAUGUUUUAUGCUUCGUAAUUAUGAAUAACUAAGGGUUCGUUUGAGAACGUUUUUAUUUUUAUAUUUUCAAAAAGAGGAAAAACAUAAUUUUUUUUUUUU